AUGGAUUCUAGUAACUCAAAUGAUAAUAAUGAACAAAAAUCAGGUCAACCACAACAGAGACGUUCGAUUGCAGAAGGCAUGGCUCGUACAGCACCAGCAUGUGCCGCUUUUAUUCAAGCAAUUGGUCUCUUUCGUGAGACAAAUCCGACAAGUGAAUUACCAACAAAACUAUUUUCAACAUCACAUCAAGAUAUGGCAACAACUACAAGUGGAAAUCAUUCGAAUGAAUCAUUACCAAAUUCUCAAGAAUCAUCAUUAUCCAAUCGACGUGGUACAGCAUCAAGUCUAUUUCCGGUUGAUUCUACAUCGUCACAUUCAACUAGUCAUAAUUAUUCAAUACGAUCAUCGAGUCCAUCGCCAUUCGUUGAAAAAAAACAGGGUAUUGCACGACGAGGCGCAUUAAGACAAAAAAAUGUUUACACUGUUAAAAAUCAUCAAUUUAUUCCAAGAUUUUUUAAAACACCAACAUUCUGUUCUCAUUGUAGAGAUUUUCUUUGGGGUUUUGGUAAACAAGGUUUUCAAUGUCAAAUUUGUUCACUCGUUGUUCAUAAACGUUGUCAUGAAUUUAUUAGUUUUGCGUGUCCUGGUGCUGACAAAGGAGCAGAUUCUGAUGCACCACGAAAUAAUCAUAAAUUUCUUGUUCAUACAUAUACUUCACCGACAUUCUGUGAUCAUUGUGGAUCUCUUCUAUAUGGACUUAUACAUCAAGGACUUAAAUGUCAAUCCUGUGAUAUGAAUGUUCAUAAGAGAUGUCAAACAUUUGUACCAGAUUUAUGUGGUCUUGAUCAUACUGAACGUCGUGGCCGAGUACAUUUACGUAUAACAUGUGAACGUGAUAAUAAAUUAAUUGUCGAAGUUAUUGAAGCAAGAAAUUUAAUUCCAAUGGAUCCAAAUGGUUUAAGUGAUCCAUAUGUUAAAAUAAAAUUAAUUACAACAUUAGAUGGAAAUAAAAAACAACAUUUAGGAAAAUAUAAAACAAAAACAGUGCGUGCAACAUUAAAUCCUCAAUGGUUUGAAAAAUUUACAAUUGAAAUAACAGAAGAUGAUAAAGAUAAACGAUUAUUAAUUGCUGUCUGGGAUUGGGAUAGAACAUCGAGAAAUGAUUUUAUGGGUUCACUUUCAUUUGGUGUUUCGGAAUUAAUGAAAGGUCCAGUUGAUAGUUGGUUUAAAUUAUUAGCACAAGAAGAAGGAGAAUUUUAUUCAGUACCUGUAUCAAGUGAAGAUGGAUCAAAACUACCUAUGAAACCAACACCUGGAGCUAAAUCUGUCUCUGGAAGAGAAGGAGCUAAUCGUUCUGAUUCACCAGGUACUAAUUUAAAUGAUCAAAUGAUGAUGCGUUCGAGUUCUCAAGUACAAGCAAUUAAAGUUACAGAUUUUAAUUUUAUUAAAAUACUUGGUAAAGGUUCUUUUGGCAAAGUUGUUCUUGGUGAACGUAAAGGCGUACCUGAUGAAUUAUAUGCAAUAAAAAUUUUAAAAAAAGAUAUUAUUGUACAAGAUGAUGAUGUUGAAUGUGUUAUGAUUGAAAAACGAGUUUUAAUGUUAAAUGAUAAACCAAAAUUUCUUGUACAACUUCAUUCAUGUUUUCAAACAGUUGAUCGAUUAUAUUUUGUUAUGGAAUUUGUUAACGGUGGUGAUCUUAUGUAUCGUAUUCAACAUGAAGGAAAAUUUAAAGAACCAGUUGCAUGUUUUUAUUCAGCUGAAAUUGCUGUUGGUCUUUUCUAUCUGCAUAACAAGGGUAUCAUUUACAGAGAUUUGAAAUUGGAUAAUAUUCUAUUAGAUAGUGAAGGACAUAUUAAAAUAGCCGAUUUUGGUAUGUGUAAAGAAGGAAUAUUUAAUGAUAGAAAAACGUCAACUUUUUGUGGAACACCAGAUUAUAUUGCUCCCGAGAUAAUAUUAUAUCAAAAAUAUGGUAAAAGUGUUGAUUGGUGGGCAUAUGGUGUAUUACUUUUUGAGAUGUUAGCUGGUCAACCACCAUUUGAUGGUGAAGAUGAAGAAGAACUUUUUACAGCUAUUACAGAUCAUAAUGUUUCCUUUCCAAAAUCAAUGUCUUUUGAAGCUGUAUCUAUUUGCAAAGGAUUAAUGACAAAAAAUCCUCAAAAACGUCUUGGUUGUCAUCCGAUAGACGGUGAACGUGAAAUCAAAGAUCAUUCCUUUUUUCGACGUAUUGAUUGGUUAAGAAUCGAAGCUCGUGAAUUACAACCACCCUUUAAACCUAAAAUUAAAAAUGCUCGUCUAGCGGAAAAUUUCGAUAAAUGUUUUACAAACAAUCCAUUGAAAAUGACAGCAUGUGAUCCACUUGUACUUGCAUCAAUUAAUGAAGAAACAUUUCAUAAUUUUUCUUGUUACAAUCCACGUUUCAUAAAUGAAGACAAACAUUUAUGA